GACACCUCAAGUCGCAGAACACCGGGGUCUUUGAUCGUCUGAUCUCCAAUCCCUCUGUUUCUAUUUUAUCCGCAUUUCAAUAAUUACCUUCUAUCCUAUUUUUUCUAAUUCCACCUCGAAUCUUUAAAUUGAUUUCGCUGGACGCUCAUUUAAUAGAGAGGCUUAGAGUCUAGACGCGUCAUUUAGUUACGACGCCUUUUUUUCCUUCCUUCCUUCUCUUCUUAGCGGGGCGGGAUCCUAGCUCCCUUUUUUGGUUUUCGACGCUAUAAUUUUAAUACGUAAGCCAUUCCUUCUUACAAGUCGGGCGGCAGAGCCGUUUCCAAGGUUUCAAGUUUCAGAGGCGGAAAGGUAAAAGAAAAAAAAAAUAAGAAAAGAUGAAGGACGUCAGAAAACAGAAAGAUGAAUACCGGUCGCUUGACACCGUUCGCGAGGAGGAACACGAUGAUUCGAGCAGCACGGACGUCGACUUGGAGGCCCUCGAUCUGAAUGAGAAGGACUACUUGAACGGAGAGUCGCGGACGGAGAAGAAGGAGGACGAAAGCGGGCUCCGCGCCGUUCUUAAGGAGUACUGGUGGAUAGUCGACACAUUUCUCUUAGUGGUCAUCAUAGUGCUUCUCCUAGGAAGCAGCUGGACCGGCCACAGCAGAUACCACCUAUUCGAGGGAGGCGGGGACUUGACGGGGUUCGCGCCGGAAUUCUCGCAGAAGAUCACGACGUUUUCCCCGGACCCGGGCUUCGUCCCGGAAAACACGUCCGAGUUCUUUUCCAAGGAGACUAAGCAGAAAUGGCUGGACCUGGUGCCGAAGGGCCUGGGGUACCUAAAGAUCAAGAAUGCGGAGAGUUACGAUAACCUGCCCGCGCGACUUAACUCAUACCCCGGCGAAUUCGUCGUCACGUCGUCGAUGACGCACCAGCUGCAUUGCUUGUACGCCAUCGCCGAAGCCUACUCGGCCCUCACAUCAGACGCGAGCCGCGUGCCGAAGGAGACGCCGUGGCACCUGAACCACUGCUUCGACUACCUGCGGCAGAGCAUCAUGUGCUGCGGCGACGUGGCGCUCGAGGGCGAGCAGACCACCUUCCCCGAGGGCUUCGACGGCAGCGACGGUUGGGACGCCAAGCACGUCUGCAAGAACUACGAGGAGGUGCUGGAUUACCUGGAGACGAACCGCGCCGAUGACAAGGUGUGGAUAUAGGUUAGGUUAGGCCGGGCCAGGUUAAGUGCGUUUGAGUGAUAUAGGUACAUAUAGUACUUUGGUAUAUAUUGUGCUUAGGUGGGAAUUCCGGAGUUCAAAUAGCAAGCGGUUCUCUUUUCCUGUCUCGACUUUGCUCAAGUGUGUUCAUGUGGGUGUGUGUGGGUGUGUGUCUGUGUGUGUGGUCGUGUGUGUGGUGUAAGAUUCCCGGAAGCUCUAGUGGUACUUUUACCGUUGAGCGUUGGGUCGUCUUCACAUGUAAAAAUGUUCGAUGGUUUACCUAAAGUUGACGUGCAAGUUGGAGGUUGCUAAGGUUAAGAUUUCAGGUGAGCCGAAUAGCUUAAAUGAACGGCUGAGUGAAGCAUCUCGCCUCCUGAAGACUACAUGCUUAGCUCAAGGAUAACCCCGCAUGGUCAAAACGUCCUGAG